CCUCUGGGCAUGCUAGUCGUCGUGUCUCGUGUAGUCUGUUAAAAGUAGACCACGUGCUUCAGGAUUUCGUUUAUGUCGAAUGGUAACUUCGUAAUAAGACAGAUCAAAAUGACGGAAAAUAAGUACUCGUUAAAUGUAUCUUCAUCCGAAAACGAUGAUGAAUUCGUUUGUGAUAUAUGCAAAGUAAUUGUUUAUAAGAAUGAUACAAAAUAUGCAUUAUCAGCAUGUUUCAAUGAGUGCCACUUCUUUUGUCCUCCUUGUAAACAGUCAUCAGCAGCAACUGAUGGUAGCAAAGAUAGUCAGCCCGAAUUAAGCUGUCCUCUGUGUAUGUUGUCAGAAAGAGAGAAUGAAGUAAAAGAACAACUGUGGUGUUCUCAGUGUAAUGUUCCAGCAUCACUGGCCUGCUAUGAAGAAAGCCAUAUAAUACAGAAUUAUAAUGAUCUCUACAAUGCUCAUUCUUUAAAGCUAAAGCUUCAGAUUAACGAAACAAAUGCUGCCUGUGACCAUACUUUGGUGAAAUGUCGUCAAAUUCAGUCUGUUCAUCAAGUAAUUCUCACUUGGAUGCAAUGGCUUCAUCUAGAAAUAAGUCAAUGGAAUUCAGCCAAUAAUGACACAGUUGCUCAGUUGGAGUCUCUCAAAAUAUCAGAAGGGUUUCAUGUUCCACGAGGAAAAGAUCUACAGUGUAACAUUAAUAAUAUUAAUCAGCUUUUAGCCCAAUCCAAUGAUAGGAUUCAAGAGGCUCAAGCUAGCCAACUGAAAGUUAGCCAGUUGUUUGAAACAUACCACGAGUGCACUACCCAACAAGAAUUAACUUCAUCAGCGCAAACGUCGAAUGUAGAAUCAACGGAACUGAUGAAAUGGUUUAGUACUUCGUUUAACCAGACUAAUCAAUCUUGUAUCAACGUUCUUGCAUUUCUGAUUUCAUUGUUGCGCAAGGGCGAUAAAAAGAUAAAAGAAGAAGAACAGGAUUCGAAUGACGCAAGAGGCAAAGCUAUAAUCCGUCCUAAUAAGCGGCGGGCAGAGGACGAUCAAGAAUCCUCGCGUGUUGGCAAGAAGGCUCGAAAUGAGAGUUCAGAUCGGUUUGAAGAAGAUCCUUCCUGCGACGUGUCCAGUAGAAAUAAUACCGAUAGUCUUGCAAUUAAAAAAGAAAAGGAUUAUCCAGAAGAAAACGAAAAUCAAGCCGAGCAAACAUUUUCCAAUCAGGUUUUGGAAGACAGAGCUGCUGAGCUGGACAAAGAAGCAGAGCGAAAUACCGAUGUUUCAAAUCGAAUAGCACGACUCGAAGCCGAUUUAGAAUUCAUGACCAAGCAAAUUAAACAGGCCAAAGAAUCUGAAGCCAAAGCACGUAAAGAAACGUUGAAUCAAACUGAACGGGCUAAAAGAACGGAAGAAAAAUAUGAAUUGGAGUUAAAGCAGCACUCUUCCGAUGUUAAGCAGCUGAAAGCUGCACAUGAACAGCUGGCACAAAGCAGAUCUCAAUUAGCAAAAGUAUUGCGGCAACUAUCAAAUAGAUCAACACCAGACUUGAUAGAGAAACUCCAACGUGAUAAAGAAUUACUUGAGAAGCGAUUGGAACAGGUACAGACGGAAAUGGAUGAAAUCAAGGAGGCCCGAGAGAAAAGUAUCCUUCAGGUAAUGAGGGUCAAUGCUGAAUCCGUGGCACUGAAAAUCACUUUGCAGGAAGAAGUCCGUUCAGCAAAAGAAGAAUCGCAGCAAUUAAAAACGAAGUUGACUGAAACUAUGGCCAAACAUAUAAAUGAACUACAUCGAUUUCGCGAUUACAAGACGCAGUUCGAAGAGCUUAAAAUUGAAUUCGAUAAAUUAAUCCUUGAAAAAGAAAAAUGUUCUGCUAAUCUUGCCGCCGUUCAAGCCGCUCAAAUCAAGGAUCAAGAAAUUGCCAAAAACAAAGCUGAAUUGGAGAAAGCCAAUCCAAAAAUUGUUAAACAGGAAAUGCAUCAACCUUGUCUAUCUUCAACGAAGCAACAAAAUGUUCCAGUUGUUGCAAACCAACAACAUCCAGCAGCACAACAUGUCACUUCAACUUUGACACCACAGCAAGUUAUUCAGAGAAAUCCAACAAACAAGUGUAACGUACAGAAUGUUGUCGUUCAAAAUGUCGGGAAUCCGUACAAACAGUUGCAGAUUUUCAACUUUAAUGCCAUAGCCGCGGAUAUGUUGGUAGAGCUUCACAACAAUAAUGGAAACGUUGUCCAAUUCGUUUACCCUUGCAACAAUUGCAAACGGCCAGCAGAGACUGGAUUCUACUGCGGUGAAUGUGAUGAUUUCAAAUUGUGCUUUCUCUGCCAUAAAAAAGACGGGCAUCAUCACAAGAUGGAGAAAUUUGGGUUCGAGUUGGACCGAAUCAACUCAUCGUCCCAUUUGAAAGAUGUCACGGAAGAUCGCAUAUCGAGAAUUGAUCGACGCAUCCUUUCGUUUGUCCAUUCGUUUUAUUGUAUUAUUGACUACUGCCUUGAACCAUUUUGCCGUACGAUGAAAGAAGUCGUCGCACACAAUCUUGCGUGUCACGCUAAAACAUCCAUUGGAGAAUUUAAAGGAAGUCCCAAGUUACAAAGCCGUUGUCUAGUUUGUCGGCAGCUUGUCGGCCUUAUUAUCAGUCAUGCACACAACUGCACCGAUCUCGAAUGCAGUAAACCUUAUUGCUCAAAUGUGAAGAAGAAGAUUAAGAACAAUUUAUUCCUGGAUAAUCUAUUCAAAUCCACAAGGAAAGCGCUUCCCCCACCGAAAAAACUGGGGAACCCUAAUUUGGAGCCAUUGGGCUCACGGAACAAAAAUCAAAUUCCCAUCAACACAACAACAACUUCAUCUGCAGACUUAUCCAAAAAAGAUUUGAGCAAAAAACCACUUCCGGAUAAAUCCCCCGCAGACGAUUUCCCUCGAGCUGUUCACAGCGUUAUUCAAGCACCAACUUCGUCAGGAUCGGUUGACAGUGGAAUUGUAAUAUCCAGUCCUACAGCAAUCACCUAUGCAGAGAAUUUGAAACGGAUACAGGAGAACGUCGCACUAGUUAUUCAUGCUCAUAAAUGCCUGCAAGGAGUUAACCAGGCAAACGAAUCGUGCCCCACUCCACACUGCCUGAAAAUGAAGAACAUUUUGAACCACGUGAGAUCAUGCCAGAAUGGUGAGUCGUGCCAAGUACCUCAUUGCUCAAAUUCGAAGAAGAUAAUUUCUCAUUGGAGAAAUUGCUGUAAAUCUGAUUGCCUUUUUUGCGUCGCUCUCAAAGCGUCAGAUCAUAAUAAAGUGACAGUAGAUUCAAGCGGUGCAGGAGUUGUGGCCUUGACAGUAAAACCAUACGAAGCUCUUGGUGGAACUCAAGCUCCUACUAAAUCUGUACAAGGUCAAUUGCCAAGGCUUCAACCAGCUCCGUCUCAACAGUUGAAUUCAACCGCCCAAAUGGAAAACGUUCGACCAGUCACAUCAACCGGCUAUGUUUCUCAUGUUGCAACCCAAGACGGGGGUGACAAUCAAAGGGCUGGCGAAGAUGCCGUGAAAACGUCAAACUCGAUGGGUGUCUUACCUAAACUGCAGGAAUUUGGCAAGAGAGUCAUUACACCUCUUCAGUUGAAUGUUUCACAUCCCACCACUCCGUGUGUCCUAGAUCCACCGCCAAUAACUAACCUCCUUACUUCUCAAAAUGUGACAGUUGAUGGGGAAGUCAAUCAAGCAAUCCAUCCCGUGGGAGCUAAGACAAACGUGGACACUAGCACGAGUGCGGAUGGUGAAAAAAGAAAAAUUCCACAGGAAUCGGUCGAUUCUAUUCCACAACAGCCACUGUCCGGGAAAACUAUGCACCUUGGUUUGGCCAUCGCUAUGGGUGGCGGAAUUUGUUGUCCCGUUGGUGCGAUGAAUCGGAAAGCUCUCGCUAAACUACUACUGGAUCCUGAACCAUUUGGAUGUAGAAUUCGGUCAACUCUCAAAGAACUUUUGAUGAAAAUGAAAUCACCAAACGUGACUGAAGAAACACGUCAACGAAUUGCAAUUUUUUUCGGAAUCAACUACCUUUUUGUUUGUUCAUUUUUCCGUAAACAAAGUGAGCAGAGUGGAUUAUAGGAUUGAGCUACGGCGGAAUUCCAUUAGUAAUGAACACCGUUCUAAUUUCGCAAUCCGGAAGCAGUACGCUAAUUUAUAACUGUUGUUGGCUACUGAAGCCGCUUGAUUGUUAAAUAUUCUGCCUUUUCUUUGAAAAUGUAAAUAUUUUCAUUUUUCAGCCUGUUAAAAAAUUGAAGUCAUUCCUUAACUGGGCAAUCACUUAAUAAUUAUUACCCUGCUACAAGUUGAUAUUUAUUUUCACAUGUUUUUCUUUUCAGGGCAGCUCUUCACAACUUCUUUAGUUGGUAGAAAUAAAUGAUUUUUUUGCA